AUGAGAACCAACAGAGACGCUGUGUCCCUUCCUGCCUGCAGGAUGGGGGCCACGAGGCCAGCGCUGGCCUUGCUGACCCUGGCCUACCUGCUGUGCACCGCCACCACCCUGAAAAUCUGCGCUUUCAACAUCAAGAGCUUUGGAGACAGCAAGCUGUCCGACGAGACCACCGCGGGCAUCAUCGUGAAAAUCCUGUCACGGUAUGACAUUGCCCUGGUGCAGGAGGUGCGGGAUGCCGAUCUCAGUGCUGUGACCAACCUCCUGGACCAGCUCAACAGUGCAUCGAAGCAUCAGUACAGCUAUGAGAUCAGCGAGCCCCUGGGUCGGGAGAACUACAUGGAGAUGUACCUCUUCAUCUACAGGACGCAGACGGUGUCUGUAGUGGCCACGUACCAGUACCCAGACCCAACCAACACCUUCAGUCGGGAGCCCUUCAUCGUGAAAUUCUCAUCCCCCAACUCGCAGGGGCAGGAGUUCGUGCUGGUGCCCCUGCAUACGCCCCCCAGCGAGGCUGUGGCAGAGAUCGACGCCCUCUACGAUGUCUACUUAGAUGUCAUCGACAAGUGGGGGACUGAUAAUAUCAUGUUCCUGGGAGAUUUCAAUGCCGACUGCUCCUAUGUCAAGAAAGGGGACUGGGGGUCCAUCCGCCUGCGCACCAGCGAGGUGUUCGAGUGGCUCAUCCCUGACAGCGCAGACACCACUGUUGGGAAGUCAGACUGUGCCUACGACAGGAUUGUGGUGUGUGGUUCCAAGCUGAAGAAAAGCAUCAAGCCCAAGUCUGCUGCUGUCUAUGAUUUCCAACACGCUUUCAAACUGGAGCAAGCCGAGGCCCUGGCUGUCAGCGACCAUUUCCCCGUGGAGGUGACGCUGAAGGCUCACUGA